AUGAGACCUGUUCCAAAACCUUUCUCUCGCAGGCGCUCCGUUGACACAUCUCCAUCCCUCGACCCCCGCACGGCGACCCCCGCGACCUUCUUCCUGUCCCGCAGCCCGCAUGUCUCGGAUCUGGAAUCCAGCAUCUCGACAGAGGGCCAAGAUAGCCAGGAUGCCAAAGACAAUAUGUACGGGGUGCAAAGCCUAGACGAGACAUUAUGUCAGACCGAGUUCGCCGGCUCUCCCCACGAUCUCCCCGCAGACAGCCUGAAGCAUGCCACCGAUGAUUUAGAAUCGCACCUGACACGACGUCGGUCAACCUUGAGACCGUUGGAUCCAGAAACCCUAGACUCUCCUGAACAGACAUCGCCUCUGUCUCAUGCAGUAUCUCGGCCUUUGACUCCGCUCGACCUGGGCAACCCCGAUGAUCCGUCGUCGCUGCCUAGCAGCCCGAAAUCGAUUUCCAACCAAUCUCUACGACCUCUUGAUGAUAUUUCAAUUACUGAUGAAAUCAACAGUCAGGCUAUCGGGUCUGGAGAUGAGGAGGAAUUUGGAUCGUCACGUCCGCUCCCAGGUGGGGCGUCCCAGCUUAUCAUGCCAAGUAUCAAAAUGCCCAGUCGACGGCCGUUCACCGAGCGAGGAAAGGCCAUGGGUCGAUUCAAGCUUCUUCUGGCUGGUUCCCCUGGCUCAGGAAAAACUUCUUUGAUCAAGUCGAUUGUUCAGACUUGUGACGAUAUCGUACAUGUCGACACCAUUCCAUCGGUAACCUCGCUAGAACGACGUAGACCACCUCGGCCCCGGUCUCGGGGUACGCUGGUUACCACCUCCGAGAUUUAUGCGAGCACGAAACCUUAUCCUUCGUGGUGGUCGGAUUUGGAAGAUUCGCGCGUGCUUCGACGCCGGAAAAGCAUCGGGGAAAUCGUGUUGGAGAGAAACAUUUGCUUUGUCGAUACACCGGCUACGUCAUUGAGCCGCGCGGGACAGACCGACGCUGUUGUCCAAUAUUUGCGACAACAGUUGCUUCGUGCUACCUCUGCUCUCAAUGAUUCCGGUGUGGAUUUCCAAAACUUACUUGCCGGCAAUGGCGGAUCCCAGGUGGAUGCCAUCCUCUAUUUGAUUUCUAAUGAUACUUUAUCGACAGAUGUGGAGUGCAUUCGCAAGCUCUGCGAACUGAGCAAUGUGAUUCCAGUGGUUUCCAAAUCGGACACACUUUCCGCCGAACAAAUCACCGCACUGAAAGUACAGUUCCACGAACAAGCCUGUGAGGCAGGGAUUAAGCCCUUUCUGUUCGGAGAUCCGCCGGGCGGACUAGACGGGCUAGAUUCCCAACCACCAUAUGCAGUGUCGUCGGAGAAAACCGUCGACACAGAAACAAUGGACGCCAGCACCCUAAUGAACCCGGACUACGUCCAACCCCUCGUACCCUCAGAACUAGACGCUCUAGUGCAGAAAAUGUUCGAUCGAGAUAACCUAGCAUGGAUGCGCCAUUCCGCUGCAAAGAAACUCAUCCAACGUGCCGACUUUUUUUCGGUACCGCCCGCAAUGCCGAUGCCCAAAGCGCAGCCGGGUCCCAACCCCAGUGGGGCCGGCCAUCCCUCGGGACCAUCCAUGACUUCAUCUUCUUCCUCCCCACCCAGCUAUGCCAUGGCCCGUCUGGCAGACCACACUCGAAACGAAGAGCGGAUCGCACAGGUUCGGCUGGCGCAAUGGGCAACGGACCUACAGCGCAGUCUACAGAACGAACGUGAUCGCUAUUCCUCGCUAGCGCGGGGUGAACGCGCUGUCUGGCUAACCGAGCGGUUGAGCGAGUGCGUCGUGGACGGCUCGCUCGUACCUUUAUCUCAAACACCUGGCUUUUGUGGCUUGCAUAUCCCGGUAGGUGAAAAACACUCAAACGGGCUUCAUGUCAUGCGAGCACAUUCUGGUUCGCCGGUAUACCAUGUUGCUACUCUCAGCCCGCAUGACCCACUGGGCGUAGUGGACUGGAUUGAUGGCCUCGGUCGGCGGAGCUGGGUGCUCGUCCAGAUUGCUGGUAGUGUUGGGGUUGUUGGUGGUUUGGCGCUCUGGCUUGCGCGCACAUGGGGCCUCCCGGCGCGCAAUCUGACUGACUUGCGUCUGGAUUACUGGUGCGGUACGAUGGAGCGGUGA